GGGUACAUACACGCACGAGCACGUUCACAACAUGUUGGGAUUGAACGUAUAUAAUGUCGCAUCUACGAUGCUACUCGCAUCAACUUGUGUAGCACAAACACUCCCACAGGUACUACCAUUAGAUCAGAUCUUCACCAACAAUACAGCGCCCGCUAUAACGGAAACGUUUGAUACAUAUGCUACUUAUUAUUUCCAGUCCAGCAUACCUGUCGCGUGUGCGGUGGUAUAUGGAGAGGAUAACACCACAUUCGGAAUGAUCGCUAACGAUCCAGCUAUGACUACGACGGCUACUAUUGAGCAUAAUGUGGUACUCAGUGACUUGAAACCCGACACCGUGUACUACUUUAGAAGUCAAGGAUCAGACGCCAAUGGAAAUAUUUACGCAGAUGUUAUCAGAUCCUUCCGAUCGGAGCCGGAGACUGAAAGCGACGCUUUUAAUAUCGCGGCCCUAUCAAACGGUGCGAGUGUGAAGGCUGUUAGUUCCAACUACGCUGAUGUGUCAAACUCGGAGCUGUAUGGGGCUGAUGAGGCCCUGGAUGAGGACCCAGUCACCGCCUGGUCAUCUAACGGCGACGGGGACAACGCGUUCAUUGAAGUUCUUUUGUCUGAGGAAGCUUCCCCAACAUCUGUCGGCGUGUGGUCCAGGAGUAUGACGGAUGGGACUGCUAUCAUAAACAGUGUGAAUAUCACCAUGAUUCAGGCCGAUGGGACGUCCAAGACGUUCGGUCCUUUUGAUUUGCCCACCACCACUCAAGAGUAUCAGUUUGACGUCGCCUGUGAAGAUACCCUUAUUCAGAGUGUCCGAGUAGAUGUGGUAGAAAGCACUGGCGGUAAUACCGGCCUGGUGAAUCUGGCUGUGUACGUGUGAGUAUACCGAUGAUUUUACCAUAGCACACCCUGAGCUCAUGCCGCUGAGGUUACCAUAGCAACCGCAAGACUCUAACAAUAUACCCAUACUCUUUAGUCUAUGUCUACUAACAUCCAAGUUUGAAAUCGAAGUACGAUAAUACAAUACCUACAUUAACAAUAAAUUAGAAUGUGUAA